AGAAGCAGUUGCCGUACACAAAAUCUGGAAAUGGAGAAAUGAGACUUCAGUGGGGCUCACUCAGCAUCUCUGGAAAGCAUAAGAUCGAGUUUUCUCUCCUUCCACUCGCUGCCCGGGAGUCUCCACCAGAUAAAAUGUCCCAUUUUGUGCUGUUUCACUGGAUUAUGAUACAGAUCUUUAUAGCCCACGCCAAUUCCGAAGCUGUUGUUAGAGGAGUAAUAGGACAACCUGUUCGGUUGCCUUGCAGUUACUCGGUGGCGCGAGAGAAGGACAUCUCCGACAUGUGCUGGGGCAGAGGCCCGUGUCCAAAAUCAAAGUGCACUGACAAAAUUUUGCACACCACUAGGAAUAGGGUGACAUUCAGAACGUCGCAGAGAUACGAUCUCCGGGGCUAUAUUUCCUACGGAGACGUGUCUCUCACGAUUGCAAAAGUGAUGGCAGAAGAUGCAGGUACAUACUGCUGCCGCAUAGAGAUCCCGGGCUGGUUCAACGACAUCAAACAGAACAUACACCUGGAGGUGGACACAGCCCCUCCAGUGACAACAACCACCACAAGAAAGGCUCCCGUUUCCCCUAAACGUUUUAGAAAAACAACUUUGGCUCCCCGAACAACCUCUGAGCAUCAAACAACAGCAGAGACUACUGUCCUCCUGACAACCACCAUCCCCCCAGCAACAACUGCAACCACUGAUCAUCAAACAACAGCAGAGACUACUGUCCUCCUGACAGCCACUGUCCCUGAAGCAACAACUGCAACCACUGAGUCUCUAGCUGGAAUCACACUGAAGACCUCUGUUCCUCCAAAAUUUGCUGUGACAGAAAAUGAUAUUUUUCCAGAAACUGUGCUGACAACUAGUGCUCCCCCAGAUUUUUCAACUGGUUUCCAAACAGCUGACACGAGGACUGAAGAUGACUACAUGUUCUGCCCAACAGACUCUGUCCCUCUUCCUGGAGGUACAAAGGUGACUACCAAAUUCCCAAGUGCAUUUCCGACUGCAGAGGGAACUAAAAGUGCUGACAGCUCUCUCAUGGUGGAAGAUGUGCCAACUGCAGGGAUUUCAGCAAGUUCCGAUGACAAGGCUGAGGAACAGGAUGAUACCAGAGUUAAGUUUCCCAGCUAUGCCAUUCUCAUUGCCUGUCUCAUAGCAUUGUCCAUUCUUUUCAUAUUGAUGCUUUCGGUGCUCCGGAAACGACUGUGUCACCACGAGGAGACCAUGGAGCAUGAGUUGGUGGGGAUGCAGCGCGAGGAAACCUGUGCAAAGAACGUGUUCACUCAGUUAUUGCAGGUAAACACACAAAGAAGUUUAUAACAAAAAGCUUUGGACCAGUGGAAGACGCUGAAAAAGUUUUCAAUGGCGCCGAAGGAGAAAACAGCAUGUUUUCCCUGUGAGGACCUCCUACGUCAGCUGUGGACGUCAUGGAAAAUAAAAAGGGCCUGUUUCGUGCUGCACUGAGAGAUGCUUAUGAGCCCUCAAAAUAUCAGUGGGUGAAAACCAAAGGCCAAGUCUUCCACUGUGAAAAUUUAAAAUCUUUGUGCAAAUUUUGCCAUGUCACCUUUAAAACUCAUUGCAAAAAAAAGCUUCUUUGAGAAGGUGCUUUAUGCAUUAUUCAUAGGUGUUUCCAGCAUCCGCAUUCUAACUAAUACCAUGUUACAGAACUGAAUUUGCUUUUCUCCAUUUUUACUAAUGCUCUUCCUUGAAUACAACUUACACUGUGAGGAACAGAAGAGAGAAGAACUAACAUGGAAUGCUGACUAACUUCAAAUUGCCAAAAGUAAAAUAAAAUCAGGAAAUACAGCUCUUAAUGCUUUUAUAUAAUCAAGAGAAAAAUUAAGCCGUAAGAAUGCCAUGAGUAUAAGUAAAAAUGCAGAUUACUUAAUGGG